AUUCAGAUUCAUAUAAAUUAUAAAUCUUUGUGUCUAUAAUUUAAAAUUUUCUCUGUUAGCUUAAAUUAAUAAUUACUCAAGUAAAAUGUCAUCUAUAGCACCUCAAAGUGUUUUAAAAUCACUAGAAGUAGUGGGUGAAAUUUUCCAGGAAGAAAAUAUAAAAAUAAGUGUUAAAGAAUCUGUUAAAGGUGGUCUUAUAACAGGGAUUGCAGCUCUUGUUGGCGGAUUACUUGGUGGAAAGAGUGGUUUAAUUGCUGGUGGAGUAAUGGGUACAGUAGCUGCUUGUUCAAUGACUAAAGAUUUUAAGUCUCUUCUACAAGUCAUACAUGAAAUGGACUAUGAAAAACAAAAAAAAAUGUUUGAUACCAUACAAAAUGUAGUUACAUCAAUUGACAUGAGUGAUGUAGUUAAAUUUAUGGUUUUAUUAAGCACAAGUCAAUCAAUAAAACAAGCUGUCAUUCAUGAAACUAUAAAUUUUUUGCGCAAUGAAAUGAGUUUGGAAAUUUUGGGUUCUUAAUUUAAUGUUUUUAUUGUUAAAAGAAUAAAUAAAUUUUCUAUGUCAGUAAUCUGUUUAUAAUGUAAAAUUAAU